GUGGUUCGCGGAGCGCACAAUAAACCAGUCGGAAUUUAACAUCAGUGGAGUGUGGAUUGUAAGAUGGGUAGAUAGAGUGAUAAAAACCAAUAAAUCCUUUCUUUGUGCCUACUAAAAAUCAUUAUCUGUGACACCGGCCCAUCGUUGCUUCAGCUUCGAUAAUAUUUCCUUUAAAAACGCAUCCAAAGGGAAGGAACUAGUCGACAGAAUCCCUUUGUUUCUCUUUCGGGACAACUUAUCUUCAAUUUAGUUCAUCAAUCAAAAGGCAAACUGAAAAAUGGUCGAAAGGAUAUUAGAAGAAGCGGAAAACUACGAUCCAGAAUGCAAUGGCGACGUUACCAAUGGCGACAGGAUCGGGGGCUGCAGGGGCGGUGGAGGUUCCGCCUCUGAUAGUGGCGACCAGAUGGACGCCGAUGCCCGAGCCAAAGAACUAGCCCAUCGCAAGGAGGAGGCCAAGAGGAAACGCCGCAAGAAGAAACGCACCGGCUCGUCGCUAGUUUCAUCGUGUUUCCAAGAUUUGUACAAACUCUCUGGCGAAAUCUUGGGUGAGGGGGCCUAUGCCAGUGUUCAGACCUGUAUUAAUAUUUACACCGAUCAAGAAUAUGCAGUCAAAAUCAUCGAUAAAGUACCGGGCCAUGCCAGGGCUCGCGUGUUUAGAGAAGUCGAAACUUUCCAUCAUUGCCAAGGCCACCCCAAUAUCAUUCAGCUCACUGAGUUUUUCGAGGAUGAAGAAAAGUUUUAUUUGGUUUUUGAGAAGAUAAAUGGAGGCCAGCUGUUGAGGAGGAUUCAGGAGAAUAGAUAUUUCAGCGAAGCUGCAGCAGCUGAAAUCGUUCGAGAAGUAGCUUCAGCGUUGCAAUUCAUGCAUGCCAAAGGCAUAGCCCAUCGUGAUCUCAAACCUGAAAACAUCUUGUGUGUGAAUAAGGAUACUAUAUGUCCAAUUAAGAUUUGUGAUUUGGAUUUGGGAUCCGGUAUACGCUUCCAAACCAGCGUUUCGAGUCCGCUGGCCACUCCACAACUAUUGACUCCGGUGGGCAGCGCCGAAUUCAUGGCCCCCGAAGUUGUGGAAGCCUUCAUCGGCGAGUCGGACUCUGUCGCGUACGAUAAACGCUGCGAUUUAUGGUCGCUCGGCGUCAUAACUUACAUCCUUUUGUGCGGUUAUCCGCCAUUUUACGGCAAGUGCGGCCGUGACUGCGGCUGGGAACGAGGUGACAACUGCAAUGCUUGCCAGGAUCUACUCUUCCACAGUAUUCAAGAGGGCCGAUACGACUUCCCUGAGGCUGAAUGGGCAAACAUAUCGGACGAGGCAAAGGAUCUGAUUUCAUCCUUGCUGGUGAAAAACGCCAGCGAACGCAUCAGAGCCGAGGAAGUGCUCCAACAUCCUUGGUUGAAAUGCGCAAGCGAAUCGGCGACUUUGACUACGCCCGCAGUCAUCAAGAAGAACAAUUCCGCGAGGGAGCUAUCACAGUUCGCGGAGAGCGCUAUGGCUGUGAACAGGGUGGUGCAGCAACACUUCAGUAUGAAGCUGGACUACCUGGAGAGGCCGAACGUGUAUCCGAUUGACGAGAAUGCGGCGCCUUACCACACAAAAGUGUUUGGCUUGAGUCCGCCUAGCGAGAGCAACUUAAUGCAGAGGCGGAUCAAGGGUCGAUCCUGCCAGUUCUUGUUGCCCACUCCGGCCCCCGCCAUUCCCAGUCCAAGCGGUUGAAGACGUUGCGCAAGCAUCUCCAAUAUUUUUUUACAAAAUAAGGAAAAAAAAAGAGAAAAAGUGCAUGCGCAGGAGGCGCACGCGUGUUUGUUAUACUUUUCAAGCAAAUUUUUUUUUGUCAUUGGUUUUAUCAGAAUAUUUUUUUGUUUAUCUUGCGUGGGUGUUAACCCAGUUGUCUGUUUAAAUCAGUCGACUGUGUCAAGGUGUCAUCUGGGUAUACGAAUACCCAGGAUGUCUUGAAGCAGUUCUGGCGUCUCCGGCCUAGUGUUAGUCUUUUGGAGAUUGUUUUCUAAUUUUUUUUUUCUUUUUUUUUUGUAUGUGUUGAGGUGGACUGAUUGCGGUCAGUCUGCAUUGUGAUAAUUAAAUAAGCAUCUAAGCGUGCGAAGUAGCGCACGAUAGACUGUAGACAGCGUACCUGCUUUAUGUUCGGUAAGAUACAGAACAUUAAAUUCGAGGGACGGCCGUCCCACCAUUGUACUGACAGUCCAUUGUAUUUUAAGAGUCCUAUUGUAAGUUCGGAUAUUUUUUAAAAGAUUUUGUAAUGCUCAAGGGUAGUUUCUGGUAUUCAUUUAAAAACGUGGGACGCUACGAUAGUAAGAUGCUUAAUUUUCGGCCGAUCCCAGUGAGAAAAUUCGAUGGCCAAAAAUUUCGCAUCAUCUUCCAACACUCAGGGUUGUUUCAAAAGGCGAGUCAUUACAAAACUUAUAUCAGAAGGGCUCGUAACGCCAGAAUGAAUGUCAUUAGUUUGUAUGUGAUAGGGUGAAAGAUGUCCCCAAGAGAAGAUCCGACAUGAUUGGAGGAGUAUUCUUUUUCUAUGCUUAUUUUUAUGGCAUUUAUUAUGUACUGUGCAAGUACGAAACAUUGUAUUUUCCAAUCAGUUGAUACCAAAAAUAUGAUGAAAAAUUUAUAAAAAUAAAAUAUUUAAGUCUUAAUUUUCAUCCAGAUUUCUUUAAUACCUUUAUCAAGCACUGCAAGUGCCAUCGUUUGUUUUUUACAUUUGCGUUAUAGUAAGUGCAUCGGCAUGAGAAAUCGUACUUUGUUUUUCUUUCUCAUACCGGCGCAAUUAUAAUUCAGUUUUCAGAUGAAUUUAUCAUGUUAAUUAAUGACGUAUUUUUUUUACAAAGCAAGCUAGCAUUGAAUAAAUUAGUGAUGGAAAUUUAUGUACCAAGUGUGCUUUAAUUUCAUAUAAUAAAGACCGAUUUUUUUAA